AUGAAUUCCCUUGUACCUUUGUUCAUCGGUCUUGUCGCAUUCUUCAUAAUUUCUUUUCAAUUGGCAUCAUCAGCUAAUUUUCCUAAUCCACCUUCAUUUCCACCACCGAAUGCAUCACCAGAACAGUGGAGAGCCUUUUGGAUAUUACUACAUAACUACUAUGCUAUUAUUGCUCGACCAAGAUUUGGUAAACGACACGAUUCAGUAUUAUCUCAUUUGGAACAUCCAUCGCUUGUAACCACGCUGAAUUCAAAUUUUGCAUCUCCCUCAUUAUAUGAAACUGAUCUUAACGACAUAUUUGGUCAAAAUAGUCGUAAUGCUAACGCUGAUCAAAAGGCCCACUUCGAUGAACUAUAUACAUUUGUGCCUACUAAUCGAAAACAACGAUGA